AUGGACACAGCAGCAUCCAUCCCUGAAGAGGACCGGCUCAAACAGGAAAGAAGACAAAAUCUCCAAGAAAUGCUGAGGGAAUUGGGACUGUCUACUGAGUACUGGUUGCCCAAGCUGAAGGAACAACUGGGUGUGACAUGUGCCCAAGCCUUACAAAAUCUAGGAAAAGAAGAUCUUCUAAAGCUGAAAUCCCAAGCACAACAUUCUUGGGAAAAACGGGCCCUGGAGAAGCUACUUAAUCUGUCACACUCAUGUCGUCUUUCAAAGGUCCAGGAGUAUCAGAAGCAUAACCAACAGCAGGCACAGCAAGCACUACGGGAGCUGGAAGAUUUGAUGUCACAAGGGAAGAAGCGACAGGAAGAAGCAGUGAGGGAAAAAGAAGCAGAGCUGAGGCAAGCUAUGGGGAUCCCAAGAGAGUACUGGCCACCCCCUGAGACGUCUCUAAGGGAAAUCAUAGAGAACAUGCAGAAACAAUUCAACCACAUAGAAGGGACAUUGUAUGACAGGCAAAACCUCCCAGAAGAAGAUCUGGUGAGAAAGGCAUCUGGAGGACUGGCCCUUCAGGGAAUCUACAAAACCAGCCAACAUAGAGAUCUGAUAGAGAAAAGAGAGGAGCUGCUCAGUCUCCCUGAGGAUUUCUCUCUGUUUGGUCCUGAGAAGGGCAGCUGGAUGGAAACAAAGGAAUUUUCAUCUUCUCACGCAGAAUCUGUAUUCAUCCAGACAAUACAGAAGCUAGGAUUCAGUGCCACCACCUCAGCCAAAGGUGAAGGCUGGGGAUUCAGCGUGGAGGCAGGUAGAGACCACAGUCAACAUUCAGAAUCCCAGGGGAGUCAACAGUCACAUUCUGAGCACUCUUAUUUCUGCACAACCAAGUUCAGCUACAUCCCACUGGCCUCCUGCCACUUUCCCAUCAACCAGCUCCAGUUCUCCAAGGCUGCUCUACAGGAACUAAAAUGUAUUGAAAAACUUUUGGGAAAAGCUAAAGGCCCAGACAAACUCCUCUUGCUGAGGCAAAGAACUGAGGACAUCUUCCACAGGUUUGGCUCUCAUGCUAAUAAGGGUCCUGUGCAGCUGGGAGGAAUCUACUGGUGGAAAGCUGUUGCAGAGGAUUUCCGAAGUGGACAAUUGGCAGAAGUGAAACAACAGUCAGCAAAGGCCCUGGAUAUUUACAUGCGGGGCAGCUACAGUAGCUUUGGAAGGAAAAUUGCUGCAGGUAUGAACAUUUCAAAUUCUCAUUUAAAAAUGACCUCUCAGAGCACUAAAUUCAAAAACCUCCAAACCAAAGUCCAGUUAUUGGUGGGCCACACAGGUGGUCCACCAGAACAAGAUAACCUACCCGAGUGGAAAGCUGGCCUCAUUGCCAGCAAUCAAACCUGGUGUGUCAUUGACAGGGGGCUACAGCUGAUACCCAUCUGGGACAUCAUCCUCUCCAACCACAGAAGUGAUUUUGAGGAUCCAUAUCAAGUGGCUAAGUGCCUGAGAGACAACUAUACUGCACUGACUGGCCUCGAUGCCCACAUCCAAGAUGGAAAAGAAAUCCUCAGUGCUAACAAGGACGCUCAAGUUUUCCUAGAAGAUGUGAAAUAUUGGGAGGUAUCAGAUCCUGAGAAGCAGCUGAAAAAACUGAUAGAUUUUAUGCAAGUGUUGAGUCAGAAAGUUAGAAGUUAUGACAUCUGGAUUAACAUAUGUCUCACAGAAGGGAACUUGCAGAAUUUUCUGGUAAACACGGUCAACUUUUGCAAAGAGUCUUCCAUUCAUUGCAUUGAAUUCAUUAAGUGUCAGUUGCGUAUGCUUCUGUACCCUCACAUCUACAAAGUAGAACACUUUCCUCAGGUUCACACUAUCAUGCAGUGGAUCUUCCAAACAGAGUCACACCAAGAGCAAGUCAACAUCUCUCAAUUAUCUGAAUUCAUCAAAAUCUUAAAGGACACCCAGAAUGUUCUCAUGGAAAAGAAGGCAAAAUCUGAGUCUCAGGAAGCACUGGAAGAUGCUCAAAGAAAAGCCACUUAUGAGAUCAGCUUGUCUCUCCACUCCUUCUUAGAGAACCUCCAAAAAACAGAGCAGCCUGACACACAGCUCUUGCUACUUCUCAUCGCAACUGGGGCAGGGUAUGACAUGGUUCACAAUACUUUUCAGUAUCUCCUGGGUUAUGAUGAGUUAGAGUACUUGCAUCAUGAAAUGCAAAAGGCCCAUGAUAAAUACCAUGAACUGAAAGAUACUUGCAACUACAGGGCUCAGGCUUUCCUGGUGCUCACUGGUCUAACAGUCACAGUGGGAAUUACAGCUGUUCCUCCAGAGAUGAAAACACAACGUUUAGAAUUAAUGACACAUCACAUGGGACAAUUCCUGUCUGAAGAAAUUGUGAAACUCAUCACCAAAUUUGGAGCAGGCCAUGAUUGGAAAAACAUAGAGAAUGAUCUAAGAUUGCUCAUUGAUGGCAAUUAUGAAGCCUUUGUGUCUUCUUUCCAAACGGAAGAGGUGAGAAAGCAAUUGGAAAGUCUUUUUUUGUGUCAUGAAAAGAAACAGCCCCAGAAGACAGACGAUAAUGAAGAUAACAACACAAAAGUGAUAGAACAUGGAGCAUUCCUAGAGCUACUUCAGCGUCUAGGCCUAGAACAUUACUACCCAAAGAGGAUGAGCAGAGCUAACUUCCAUCUGAUCCACAAGGCCUCUGUGUAUAACACCCAGCCCAAUUCUGAACAAGACCUUCCCUUCUACUUCCUGCAGAAGUUGCUGGUGCUUGAUUAUAAGCUGAGAUUCUUGGUCUUCAAAGGUGAUGAGAACCCAGAAAUUCCACUCUCUUCAAGUACCUCCAACAAGGAAAGUGAGUUUUUUGACCCAUAUGGAGACAUUUUUGAACACAGUGACAGUUCCAGUAAUACUUCAGUCAUAAAUCCCAGACGCAACAUUCACCCAAUGGAUAUUCAGAUGGCAAUUCAUCACUGUGCAGAUGACUUUGCCAGGCAAUAUAUUUAUGCUAAACUCUCCAUUUGUCAGUUUGCCCUUCCUCUUGUGGUACCACAUCCCUGCACUUCUGAAAUUGAAUUCUCUCUCUGGGCUCUCAGCCAAAUUAGAAGAAGCUGGCAGCAAUCAAGUACAUCAUCAAAGGUGAAGAACAAUUACAAAAAUCAGCAGAUGACUAGUGUACCUACUUCCAUAGUCUCCUUCAUUAGAGUAGGAAAUGGCUUCUCUACUUCAAAAUCUCAGAUCAUGAACUCGCUUGUCAGUGAACAUAAACAUGAUGUCUUUUUUCACCGACACUGCCCAGGAAGCAGCACAGACUGUCUCUUGAUGAAGGGUGUGGUGGAAAUCUGCUGGUUCUGUCCAGGAGGGGAAGAGAAGGACAGAUUUGACAACUGUCUGACCUUCACCAAUCUCCACGGAGAUGCAAAGGAACAUGGACGACAGCUCACUUUCUUGCAGAAAAUCUCUUCACUCAUUGUGGUCCUCAUGUCUGCUUCAGAUAACAACGAAGAAAACCGAAAAGUUGUUCGUGACUUAUGCCAGUCAUCAAAACCUUUGAUCUGUCUGCUUGAUGAUAAAGAAAAAACCAUGGUCAAUAAUUCCAGCCAGAAAGUGGUAAUAGGGAUCAAAAACAGAAAUGAGGCAGAAUUAACAGAGGAGCUCACAAAUACAAUCAGACGUUUGUCAGACCUAUCAGACACAGCUCUCAAUUUAGAGGACUGUGCUCACAUUGCCCAAAAACAAGGAUUCCAAAUAGAUGAAGAUCUGAGAGAUUGCAAGGAAGCCAAAGAAAAGGCACAGACACUAAUUGCUCUCUUGGAAGAAAUGAAGUUAUCUAAGAUAAAGGAAAAUUUACUACCCCUUCAGGGACAACUAUGGCACCUCUGGUGUAAGAAGGACAAAGAAUUCUAUCAUCUGAGAGAAAAGGGGAAUCGUAGCAUUGAGCAACACAAGAGUGACAUUGAGACAGAAAAACAAAGAAUACGGCGUCAGCAAUUGGACAAAGCGUUUCCUCUGAAUGAUUUAAUGCGAUCUUUCCUUGAAAUUCUCCAAGAACGUUCUGAACCCCUCACCAAACUUUACUUCCUGCAGUGGUUAAGUGUGCUUUUGACCAACAGAAGCAUAAAACCUUUGGAAAACCUGCAUGAGCAGCAAAGGACUUUGUGGUCAUCAAUACAAACAGAAAAGCAAACGGUACUGAAGAGCAACUCCCUCGGAGACAAGCAGAAUAAGAUAGAAGCCAUAUCCAAAGAGAUCAGUGAUUGUUCCUUAGGAGUUGAGCAUCUUCUCAGAGAAAUUGGACAGAUCUAUGAAGCACUGGAAGAAGUUUCCUCCAUUAGAGAUCCCCUUUUCCUCUGCCUUCCCCAUAUUGCUGCUGACCUGAUGAUAGCUGGGGCUCCCAUGGAGCUAAUGGAUGGGGAUGCUUCCUACGUGCCUCUGAAAUGGGUGGCUGCUAUUUUUGAUAAGCUCUCUGAGAAACUUGGAGACAAACGACUGUUUGUUCUUUCCAUUCUUGGCCUGCAGAGCUCAGGAAAGUCCACCCUGCUGAAUGCCCUUUUUGGGCUGCAGUUCACUGUCAGUGCGGGGAGGUGUACCCGGGGAGCCUACAUGCAGCUCCUGAAGGUGGAGGAGACAUUCACAGAGGAACUGGGCUUUGACUUUAUGCUUGUUGUGGACACAGAAGGACUUCGGGCACCAGAACUCAACAACAAAUCUCAGAAUUGGGAUAAUGAGUUAGCAACCUUCAUCAUUGGACUAGGAAACUUGACUCUGAUCAAUAUUUUUGGAGAAAAUCCAUCAGAGAUGCAGGAUAUUCUACAAAUAGUUGUCCAAGCUUUUCUCAGGAUGAAACAAGUAAGACUCUCCCCAAGUUGCCUCUUUGUCCAUCAGAAUGUGGGGGAAGUUACAGCUAAAGACCAAACUAUGGAAGCACGAAGACGACUAGAGCAGAGACUAGAUGAAAUGGCAGCAAUAGCAGCGGAACAAGAACAGUGCCCACAUGUAACCCGCUUCAGUGACGUCAUUAAGUUUGACGUCAGUAAUCACCUCUACUACUUUGCUCACCUCUGGGAUGGCAAUCCACCAAUGGCCCCUCCCAAUCCUCGUUACAGUUACAAUGUGCAGGAACUGAAAAGCAACAUUCUUAUGACUGCCAAAGAGGAAUCCAGGGGCACCAUCAUGAGGUUAUCAGAAGUAAAACUUCGAGUUCAAGAUUUGUGGAAAGCCCUCAUUAAUGAAAACUUUAUUUUCAGUUUCAGGAAUACCAAAGAGGUGAUGGCCAUGAGCAAACUGGAAACAAUGUAUAACCACUGGAGCUGGGAACUGAGGAGUCAUGUGUUAGACUUACAGAACACGCUGACCAACCAGAUUCAAAAUUUCAAAAUGCAAACACUCAAGCCCAACACAGUUGAGGCGUCAGUAAAAGAAAAAUAUGGAACCAUCAAGAUAGACCUUGAAAAAUAUUUUACUGAAGACCCAGAUUAUGAAAUACUGGUUCAGUGGAAAGCAAAUUUUGAGAAUAAGCUAGAAAUACUUAAAGAGGCACUUAUUUCAGAAAGCCAAAGAAAAGCUGAAGAGCUCAUUUAUUUAAAAAAAAGCCAAGAAAAACUGUCUGCAAAGAAGACAAGUUAUGAAAAGGAACUGUUGGAAAAAAGCAGAAAGUUGGCUUUAACUGUACAAGACAAAGAAUUGAGUGAAGAAGAGCUAAACAAGAAAUUCAAUUAUCUGUGGAAGGAAUGGGUCUGUGAGGUAGCCUCAGCUUCCCCUCCCGCUAAAGAGCCUGACAUAGAUGUGGACUCUGAAAACACACUUUUGAAUUACUUCACACAGGAGAUACACAUGCGGGACAGAUUAAAGAGUAACUGCAGAGAACAUUUUCAAAUUGACUAUGAUAAACAUAUCAAAAUGGGCAAGACAUGUUUAGAAUUCAAAAAGUCUUUAGAGGUCCAUGAUAAAGAGCACAUAAAUAAGACUACAGACAGCAUUAUUUCUAAUUUUAAUGAAAUUAUUGACAACAUUAGGAGACAAAAGUGUGAUUACAAUCCAAGUUAUUUCUACGAAAUCUUGAGAAUGAUAGAUAAGGAAAUGGCAUCUGCAUCCACUGACAACAGAUACACAUUCACAAAUAAAUAUAAAAUUGAUUUAGCUUUGUGUUUGUUUCAAAGAGCAAAAGAGAAUUUUAAGGAGAUACACAAGGCAUUCAAGAGAGCAAAUGAUCCUGUAAACUAUCUGGAAAGUAAGAAAGAUGAUUUCUUCAUGAGUUUUAAGAUUUCCUGCCAAGGAGUAACCUCCAUCAAAUCAUUUGUUGAUUUUCUGUGGAACAAGCUUACUUUUGCUAUCUCCACUACCAUAUUGGAUAAAAUGGUCCUUAAAGUUUCAGGGCACAUGCGGGCUACCUGCCCUGCAUUCAAUGGAAACAGGGCAAACCUAGAGAAACACAUUCUUACCUCUCUGGCAGAAGAAGAAAUUUUUCACAGUUAUUGGCAGUACCUUACUAGCCCAAAGUUGUUUUUUGAGGAUUACAUUGAGCACCAUAUUCAAAGAUACUAUUUAGACAAAACUUGUGAAAAAACAAAGACCUUUUUAAAAAUCAGUGUAGACGAAAUCAAGACUGUCAUCCUCGAAGCUAUUCAUGAAUCCACUGCAGUAGCUAAAGAUAAAAGCAGCACUGCAUCAGAAUGGUUGGAUUUGUUUUGCGAUCACUUGGGAAGUAACUUGGUGUUCCCAAGAAGCACUUUGGUAAGCAUUGAACACCAGGAGAUAAAAGAUACUGAAUUUCUCAAACAAGCCAUGAGUGAAGCAUUGGAUCCUACAUUGAAGAGAGUAGAACAGGACUUUCUGAAUGUGUCUAUAAAAAAAUUGGCUCCUGAAACUACAAAAUUGCUCUCUGAACACCUCUGUGGCUGCUGGAAACAAUGUCCCUGCUGUAAAGCAAUUUGUACAAACACAAUUCCUACACAUGAAGGAGACCACAGAGUUCCCUUCCACCGUCCUCAGGCUGUCAGUGGAAUGACAUGGGAUAAAACGGACCAUUUUACAAUUGACUGCUGUACCAGUUUGGUCGCAAGUGACUGUUUAUUGGUUUUAAGUGAUGACAGAAAAAUCCCAUAUAAGAAUUACCGACAGGCAGGAGGGGAUUAUGCCACAUGGAGCAUCACCCCAGAUUCAACCACACAGCCAUACUGGAAAUGGUUUAUCUGUCACUUCAGAACAGAGCUAGAAAAAAUGUAUGAGAAAAAAUUUGAGGGAAAAGGUCAAAUUCCUGAUGCAUGGACCAAAAUCACAAAGCAGGAAGUGCUUGAUGAUUUGAAAAGGCAAUGA